AUGAAAGGCACAAAUGGGAUUCAUUUUCAUCCGCCACCCAAAAGUUAUAUUGUUAUUUCUCAGUUAUUAGGUGCUUCUAUGUGGUUUUUUAUGCUUUAUAGAAUGAAGAAAGAUGGACCAAUUAUUUUAGGUCUUAAAAAUCCGUGGGAAAACCAUGAAUCAGAAGAAAAGCAUUAA